CAAAUCCAUCAAACCGGUAAUGAUGUCAGAUUCCGGAGAGAGUUAAGAAACGUGGCCUUAGGAAAAAGGGGCAUAGAAACAGUGGUAAAGAGCGGUUGUUGAGAUUGAGUGUAGAGAUCUUGUGCAACCUGACAGUAUUCUCCACGGUCCAUUGACACCAGGCAGUUACUCGCAAAAAUGGCCGAUGUCGACCAAGGAUCGGCAUUACCCGGUGAAACUUCAUCUCCGGCUCUGGAUAGCCUCAAUAAUGACACUGUCUCCAAUGGUACCGACUCCGUCAACGCUACUGUAGCCAAGUUUGUUUCGACACCUGAAGGCACGGCUUUAGCGUACGGAAGCCUUGUUUUUAUGGCUCUGCUGCCCAUCUUCUUCGGUGCCCUGCGUUCCGUCAGCUGCUCCAAAAGCAAGAAUUCCUCUGACAUGCCAGAGACCAUCACCAGUCGGGAUGCUGCCCGGUUCCCUAUCAUUGCCAGCUGCACCCUCUUUGGACUGUACCUCUUCUUCAAAAUAUUUUCUCAAGAAUACAUCAACUUGCUGUUAUCAAUGUACUUCUUUGUGCUGGGGAUUUUGGCUUUGUCGCACACGAUGAGUCCCCUCAUGAACAAGGUGUUUCCUGCUAGCCUUCCCAACAAGCAGUACCAGCUGCUGUUCACCCAAGAUUCGGGGGAGAACAAGGAAGAAAUUGUCAAUUAUGAGUUUGACACCAAAGACCUGGUUUGCCUUUGUAUCAGCAGCGUGGUUGGAGUUUGGUACAUCCUCAAAAAGCACUGGAUCGCCAACAAUCUGUUCGGCCUGGCGUUCGCCCUGAACGGCGUGGAGCUGCUGCACCUCAACAACGUCAGUACAGGCUGCAUCCUGCUGGGCGGACUGUUCGUGUAUGAUGUCUUCUGGGUUUUUGGCACCAAUGUCAUGGUAACUGUGGCCAAGUCUUUCGAAGCACCAAUAAAAUUGGUGUUCCCCCAGGACCUGCUGGAGAAGGGUUUGGAGGCCAGCAACUUUGCCAUGCUGGGCCUUGGUGACAUUGUGAUUCCAGGUAUCUUUAUUGCAUUGCUGCUGCGCUUUGACGUCAGUUUGAAGAAAAACACACGGACCUAUUUCUACACUAGUUUCCUGGCUUACAUCUUUGGCCUGGGCCUCACUAUAUUCGUCAUGCACACCUUCAAACAUGCCCAGCCUGCCCUGCUCUACCUGGUCCCAGCAUGCAUCGGCUUCCCGGUUGUUGUGGCGCUGUUUAAAGGAGAACUGACCGAAAUGUUCAGGUAUGAGGAGACAUCAUCCGAGGUGGAGGCGACGCCGAAGGAAGAGACAGAGUCCGAGAAGAAGGAAAAGUAGUGACCACAACAUCCCUCACUGCCUCUGCAUUUCACGAGCCCCGCCACACUCUCGACCCACCAGAGGGUGGCACCACUGUUGCCGAUGUGUUGUGUUGUACUUGGAAAUGGCUGAUACAUUAAAUAACUGUAUGACAUUGGAUAUUUCGUAGCAUAUAAGUGGUUUGUUUAUUAAAAAAAAAAAAAAGUACAACAGCGUAUUCGGUGCCAAUGUAUUCCAUUUUUUUCUUUGUACAAUUUGCCUUCUGCAUUCUCAUAGGUUAACUUUUUAUAAGAAUUCCUUUUCGAAGGCCAGAAUUUUAAAAUUUGUGACUGGGAGAUAAGACAUUUAAAUAAAAUAUAAAGGCAAAUAAUCAAUUUUCCAUGUGGACCAAAGAUGGCAAAAAUGCUUAUCUUAGUUGGUGGUCUAAAUUGUCAUGUCUUAGGUUUGAAAAUAAUCAGAUAACGUUCUCUUGGUCAGAAACUCUCUCCAGCAUAACUUGAUAAAGGUUUUUAGUUACUUUUAAGAAAAUACUUGUGGUUACAUCGGUGCUCUGUAGGCUUGUUAAAAGGGACAUGCACAAAUGUGAAUGAAUAUAUAUGUACUGCAGGUGCAUGCAGACACGUAUGUGUUAAUAUUAUGUGCAUUUUAUGGAACUAUAAUUCUGUAUUUCUAAAUGAUAGGGAAUAUACUUUUCCAUGUUUUCUCUUAGCUCCAUCGCAUUUUUUUAGUAUUUGUAAAUGCUGUUGAUGGGGACAUGCUGUGAAACAUAAUGAUUUGGACAAUAAUGUUGUUGAAUGGGAGCCACAAGCCACAGCAGUGGUGUCUGAUAAUGUUUCACUCAUGUUUUUCUCAUGUUAUGA